CAAAUAUCUUCAUGUACCUCUUGCGACUUUACUUGAUCAUUCAUUGUGCAUUAUAAUUAGUAGAUUCAAUCUACUAUCUACUAUCUACCAUUUAAUGAUACCAAAUUCACACAAUGAGCCCUUCAACUGCAAACCUGCAUCGACAAUUCCGGCAACGUUGUGCGUUCAUUAUUCGUUCUUCGUUGGCGUCUCUCUCGAUCAGGCUCUUCUACUCUUCUCUACAGGCUCAUCAGGCUCUCUUCAGGCUCUCCGGCUGUCUGUUGAGCGUUCGUGCCGUCGGGGCGGUCGAAUCGCGUCUUCUUUGAUCUCUCCCGGGCCGGGCCUGCCGCGAUCAGCACGCGACACUCUCUCUUCUCUUCAUUCGUGUUUCUGAGUCCGGAUUCAUCUCGCGCGGAUCUCUCGUCGGAUGGCUUUUUGGUUUUUUUGUUAGAUUUUUUUUUUCGGUUUCGGUACGUUUGUGCGGCUCGGUUGGCUUUCUUCUUUUUUCGGCUCGCUUAGGUAUAUUUACGAAGACGAGGUCUUUUCAGCCUUUUUUUUUUGUUUUUUUUUUAUUUUGGUGCAGUGUGUUGAUGAGGAAUAAGAAGAAAGAUUGAUUUAUUUUUGGAGUUUGGUGUGUCCCUUUGAUGUGAGGGGUCGAGGAAUAUAAUGAGAGAAUAAUGCCCAUCGAAUGGACGAUUUUGAAGCGUAACCAGCCAGUUUCAAUCUACGUUGAUGUUGUAAUGACGCUUACUCUUUGCUUUUUGCUAAGCAUCGUAUCCAUUAAUUUAACAGUGGCGGCUCGUCGACAACAAACCAACGGUACAUGGAUGAGAAUGGGUCUUCUGAUGGACGAUCGCAUGCAAAACGACCGGGGAUUCCCGUCUUGCAAAAACCUUCCGGGACUUAGCGCCGGUCAAAGGAGGCUCUGCCAAUUGUAUGUGGAUCACAUGGGCGCCGUUGCGUUCGGAGCGAAGCAUGCUCUGACCGAAUGCAAACACCAAUUCCGAAGUAGGCGUUGGAAUUGCUCCAUUUUGAACGAUUCUGACGCAUUCGGACCUGUCAUUUCCAUAGCAAGCCGUGAAUCGGCAUUCGCACACGCCUUGGCCUCGGCAGGAGUGACUCACGCCAUUUCGAGAGCCUGCAGGGACGGCCAAUUGACCUCCUGCGGCUGCUCCAGAACCACCAGGCCCAAAAACCUCAAGAAGGAGUGGGUUUGGGGCGGAUGCGGCGAUAACCUAGAGUACGGUUAUAAGUUUACGCAAAGUUUCGUCGACGUGCGAGAGAGGGAGAGGAAAUUCAAAAGGGGCACCCGAGAGCAGGGCAGGGUACUCAUGAAUUUGCACAACAACGAAGCCGGACGAAGGGCAUUAAUAAAAAAAUCGAAAGUAACCUGUAAAUGUCACGGCGUUUCGGGCUCCUGUUCCCUCAUCACCUGCUGGCAGCAACUGGCCAGUUUCAGAGAAGUUGGCGAUUACUUAAGGGACAAAUACGAUGGGGCGACGGAAGUGAGAGUGAACAGAAGAGGGCGAUUGCAAUUACUGGAUCCCAGAGUGACCAUUCCUACCGCCUAUGACUUGGUGUAUUUGGAGGAUUCGCCCAAUUACUGCGUCAAGGACGAGGCUACAGGGUCCUUGGGCACCCAAGGACGGGUUUGUAAUAGAACAUCGCCCGAUAUCGACGGUUGUAACCUGUUGUGUUGCGGUAGAGGCUACAACACGCUGAAGACCGUCAUCAAGGAGAGAUGUCAGUGCAAAUUCAAGUGGUGUUGUCAGGUGGAAUGCAAGACGUGCUCGCGCACGUUGGACGUGCACACGUGCAAAUGAGCGCGCGCAUGCGCCCGACGACGUAUAACGCUGGCCACCUAGAUGUCUCACCCCGAACUCUCGCUCCUUUGCUAUCCAUACGAGUGGAGGGUGUGCUAGAAAAGGAACGUGAAUGUCUGGCGAGACAUCAUUCUACUAUCAAUUGCUGGAUAAUCCAGUGACGCGUUUUGUAAAGAAAAUAACGAAGAUUUUUCGAAUUUGGUAUUUUUAGUGAGACUGUUUUUGAAACGUUUGGUAUUAUUUUUUUUGUACAGUAAUAAAUAUUAAUAGUUGAUAGGCAUUAUUUUGUACAAGUUUGUAGCGUUAAGAUUGUGUAUUGAAAAAUUUUUAUUUAUUUAUUAUAAAUGCUCAUAAUAUAUUUGUUUAACACUG